AUGACUCCGGCCGCCGCGCGGGGGGAAGCCGCCCGUGGUGCUGUACUGCUGUACUUCACCAGCCUGCGCAGCGUGCGCCGGACGUUCGAGGACUGCCGCGCUGUGCGCGCCAUCCUGAGGUGCUACCGCGUGCGGCUGGACGAGCGCGACGUGUCCAUGCACGCCGCCUUCAAGUCCGAGCUCCGCGGCCUCCUCCUCGCCGCCGGCGGGGGCUCCUUCGAGGGCCCCGCGCUCCCGCGCGUGUUCGUCGGCGGGCGCCGCGACCUGGGCGGCGCCGAGGACGUGCGCGCGCUGAACGAGACCGGGCCGGGUGCGACGCCGGCGGCGGCGGGGCGGCCCGGGCACGUCGUCGCCGCGUGCGCGGCGUGCGGCGAGGCGCGGUUCGUGCCCUGCGGGACGUGCCACGGCAGCUGCAAGGUCUUCGUCGGCGACGAGGGGUGCCGCUUCGCCGGCUGCUUCCGGCGGUGCCCGGACUGCAACGAGAAUGGGCUGAUCCGUUGCCCCUUGUGUUGUUGCUGA